AUGAACCAGCUGAUCCUUUGCACGCUGCUUCUCUUGGCCCCCCGGGCGCUGGUUGGGGCGUGUCCCGCGGGCUGCCAGUGCCAAGACCCCAAAACCAUCCUGUGCGCGGCCAGACGGGGCCAGACCGUGCCCCGGGGGCUGCCCCCCAACACCCUCUCCCUCUACGUCUUUGAGAAUGGCAUCUCAAUGCUCAGCGAGGACAGCUUUACGGGCCUUCCUGCCCUCCAGCUCCUGGACCUCUCACAAAACAAGAUCACCAGCAUCCAGAAAAACAUCUUCCAGCCCCUGACAGAGCUCGUCAACUUGGACCUGUCCUCCAACCAGCUGCAGGAGAUCACCAACGAGACCUUCCAUGGGCUGCGGCUGCUGGAGCGGCUCUACCUGCAGAAGAACAGGAUCCAGCACAUCCAUGCCACUGCCUUUGACACGCUGGAGAACCUCCUGGAGCUGAAGCUGCAGAACAACCAGCUCUGGGCUGUGCCCCCCCUCAACCUGCCCAACCUCCUGCUGCUGGACAUCAGCUGGAACAAGAUCCCCACCAUUGCACCAGGGGCCUUCCAUGCCGUCAACAUCGAGUCCCUGAAGAUUGCGGGGCUGGGCCUGACAAGCUUAAACGAGGAGCUCUUCCAGGCCCAGAACAACCUCCACGAGCUGGAUAUCUCUGACAACCUGCUGGAGCGCGUUCCGGCGGUGCUGCGGCGGCUGGGGAGCCUCACCAAGCUCAGCCUGGCUGGCAAUGCCCGCAUCUCCCAGCUGCCAGCUGAGGACUUCCACAACCUUCACAACCUCCAGGAGCUGGACAUCAGCAACCUCAACAUCAACACCAUCCCUCGGGAUUUCUCCAGCUUCUUCCCCAGACUGCGGGCCGUGACAGCCGCCGGCAACCCCUUCAACUGUAUCUGCCAGAUGAGCUGGCUGGUGCAGUGGGUGAACACCAGCAGCGUGCUGCUCCGGCGGCCCGAGGAGACACGCUGCCACUUCCCCCCUAAAAACUCAGGCAAGCUCCUCCCCCCAGCACCCAUCUGUCCCCCUCGCACAUGUCUGAACGGUGGCACCUGCCACCUGGGUCCCCAAAACCACCUGGAGUGCUUGUGCCUGGCGGGUUUCACUGGAAUGUACUGUGAGGUGGAGGUGAGAGGGACAACGCCGAGCCCGGCCACGCAGGCCCCACCGCCCAGCAGGCGGGUCAGCAUCGCUCAGGUUGGCAGCACCUCCCUCAAAGUGGAUCUGCAGAACUACAUCCAGUCCAAAGCACAGCUGAAGGGGAUCCGCCUGAGCUACCGAAACCUCUCCGGGCCGGACAAGCGGGCGGUGAUGCUGCGUUUACCGGCUUCGCUCUCCGAAUACACAGUGCGGGCGCUGAAGCCCAACUGCACCUACCGCGUCUGCAUCGGGCCCCUGGGGGAGAAGGUCUCCAAGGAGGAGCACUGUGCUGAGGCACAGACCUUGCCAGCGAGUCACCAGCAGCACUCCCCUGUCACCCAGAGCAAGGACAGCAACCUCACCCUGAUGAUUGUCCCCGCGCUGGCUGCCAUGCUGCUGCUGGUGGUGGUGGUCACCGUCAGCACGUACUACUGCCGGCACCGCCAGCCCAAGGCGCACGCCAGCACUGGGGGGGAUGCAGGCCCGUUGGAGCUGGAAGGGGUGAAAGCCUGCCUGGAAAAUGGGGAUCUGAGCAGCCACGGCCACAAGGUGCCAGAGGCGGCGAUGCUUUCUGGUGGCUCCGAGUGCGAGGUCCCGCUCAUGCAGUCACACUACCCCAGCAACAACAACACCCCAGGGCUCAAACCCUCCUAUUUCUGA